AUGCAAAUCUUCGUAAAGACCUUAACAGGAAAAACCAUCACUUUGGAAGUUGAAUCUUCCGACACUAUUGACCAGGUUAAACAAAAGAUUCAGGAUAAGGAGGGUAUUCCACCGGAUCAGCAACGUCUUAUCUUCGCUGGCAAACAGUUAGAGGACGGUCGCACCUUGUCCGAUUAUAACAUUCAAAAAGAGUCUACACUCCACCUUGUACUCCGUCUUCGUGGGGGUAUGCAAAUUUUUGUUAAAACCUUAACCGGUAAAACUAUUACCUUGGAGGUGGAGUCAUCCGACACAAUAGAUCAAGUUAAGCAAAAAAUCCAGGAUAAAGAAGGUAUUCCUCCGGAUCAGCAACGACUUAUCUUCGCCGGUAAACAACUGGAAGAUGGUCGUACUCUCUCCGACUAUAAUAUUCAAAAAGAAUCUACUCUCCAUCUUGUUCUUCGUCUCCGUGGUGGUAUGCAAAUCUUCGUAAAGACCCUCACUGGUAAAACGAUUACCCUUGAAGUAGAGUCAUCAGAUACUAUCGACCAAGUAAAACAGAAAAUCCAGGAUAAGGAAGGGAUCCCCCCAGAUCAGCAACGUCUUAUUUUCGCCGGUAAGCAGCUAGAGGACGGUCGUACCCUCUCCGACUAUAAUAUCCAAAAAGAAUCUACUCUUCAUCUUGUACUCCGUCUCCGUGGUGGUAUGCAAAUCUUCGUAAAGACCCUUACGGGUAAAACAAUAACCCUCGAAGUAGAGUCAUCAGAUACUAUAGAUCAAGUAAAACAGAAAAUUCAAGAUAAGGAAGGAAUUCCCCCAGAUCAGCAACGUCUUAUUUUCGCCGGUAAACAGUUAGAGGAUGGUCGUACCCUCUCCGAUUAUAAUAUUCAAAAAGAAUCUACUCUUCAUCUUGUACUCCGUCUCCGUGGUGGUAUGCAAAUUUUUGUUAAGACCCUUACGGGUAAAACGAUUACCCUCGAAGUAGAAUCAUCAGAUACUAUUGAUCAAGUAAAACAAAAGAUCCAAGAUAAGGAAGGAAUCCCCCCAGAUCAGCAACGUCUUAUAUUUGCCGGUAAACAGUUAGAGGAUGGUCGUACCCUUUCCGACUAUAAUAUUCAAAAGGAGUCUACUCUUCAUCUUGUACUCCGUCUUCGAGGUGGUAUGCAAAUCUUUGUUAAGACCCUAACGGGUAAAACAAUUACUCUAGAAGUAGAAUCAUCCGACACUAUUGAUCAAGUGAAGCAGAAGAUUCAAGAUAAGGAAGGAAUCCCCCCGGAUCAGCAACGUCUUAUUUUCGCUGGUAAACAAUUAGAGGAUGGUCGUACUCUUUCCGAUUAUAAUAUUCAAAAAGAGUCUACUCUUCAUCUUGUACUACGCCUUAGAGGUGGUAACUGA